AUGAGUCUUGAGGAAAACGCGACUUAUAGAUGUGAUUCUCCGAAUCACAUCCAAUUACCAGGACAACCGUCUUCCAAAUUUAUCGACAGGUUUAUCCGUUUGAAAACUACAUAUUGGAACAGAGAAUACGCAAUAGUUUUGCUUGCGAUCAUAGGUUUAUGUAUUACUUCACAACAAUUCAGUACAUAUAGCACAUAUAUUGAAUUUAUGAAUCAACCAAAUAAAACUGACAAUAUCCAUCGUGAUGGUUGCAUACCUUACAAUAUGCUUGGAUAUAUUGUGGGUUUGAUACCUGGUGGUGUUUUAGCCACUUUUUAUCCGGCUCACAAUAUUUUAGGGAUUUGCGUCGCCAUAUCGUCGAUUGGUCAUGUAAUUGUUAUCAUGAGUUUAAGUUACUUAAACGGUCUCAUGCUUCGUGUCUUACAAUUUUGUAUUGGAAUGACAAUGGCAGUGGCGGAUUUGUCAAUUGACAGGGUUUGGACGUAUUGGGUCCCACUGAAUAAACAGUCAAUACGCCACGUUCCAAUGGUAUUGUACUUGGUGAUAAUUGAAGAAGGAUAUCUCCGUGAUACUAUGGAUAAGCUCCACAAUGAACAUUCGUCUUAUACUUUAACUCUAUUUAUUGGUGUGAUCGGAUUGGCAUGGUACGUUUUGUGGUUGUACGUGAUCAACGGAAAUUAUUCAUUUUGGAGCCUGAGCCUCAAUUUUAUAUUGUUUGGAGGUUUAAACAACUCGCGAUAUUCUUUUGGGACAAAUGGCGAAUCAUUAAAACGAUCAAUCGUAUCGGACAUUCCGUGGAAAUCGAUUUGGACUUCUAAGCCGUUCCUUGCGAUAGUCGUAUUAUACGUGUGUGAUAAUCGACUUUACCAAUCAUAUUAUCACAGUGAUUUAUACAGUAACAAAUGCGUCAUCUUUAUAAUUUUGGAUUCUACGCAAAUACUUUAG